AUGGGAUUGUACGAGAGCGCGAUGUGGCGGUUCGACGAGGGCGUCACCGGCCUCUUCUCGCAGUGGAAUGCUUGGUCGACCGCCAUCACGACCUUCCUCGUCAUGUACCUCACCUACCAGCUCUUCACGCGUCGCGACCCAGACACCCAUCCUCUGCUUCUUGCCCGCCAAGCCCAGCCUUCGCCUGUGCGACACCAAGGCGAAUCGUCCAUUUACCGAUCACACUCCGCCCCGCAUGGCAUGCCGUUGAACGCCGGCCUGAAUGUCAAAGAGCCCGGUGCUUCCAAGUGGUCAAGAGGACGGGACGGAGAUCUCAGGGACGUCUGGCGGCAGGCUGUCAGCGGCACUUCUCAGGAGGGCAAACCAGUUGGCAAGGGCAAGCUGUUGACUGUAUUGGGCGCCGAGAAGGUCUUGGAGCACAAGCUUGAUGAUGUGACCCGUCAGAUCAACCUCAUCGGAACGCACAUCCACGACCAGGGCGGUGCUCGCGUCGCCAUCUACCUCCCCAACUCCGUCGAGUUCAUGGCAAGCCUGUUCGCAUGCGCUUUCCACAAUCUCACCGCAAUCCUCAUCCCAUGCGACCAGUCAGACGAGGCUGUGAUCUCCAUGUUGCGACGAUCUGCCGCCGACACUGUCGUUGCACUGCCUGGCUCGUUUCCCUUGGACAACGUGGUCAAGAGCUAUCCGUCAUUGCGACAGGUUAUCUGGGUGGUUGAUGAGGGCAACAGACAUCUGGAUUGGACUGAGGUGCCCAAGGGCAUGGGAGGCAGCUUAAACGUCUCAACCUGGCAGGAUAUCGUACAUGACAGCCCCGUGGAUGCCGGCACGGAACUUCCGCCAGUCCAGGGCCAGUCGGAGCCCCGGGAUGUCACAGUCUUCUGGCAGUCCAAGCCAGGCGUGCAGGAGGAAAUGGUCCGCUUCACAAGCGCCAAUUUCGUGUCCGCCAUCGCCGCACAGCUCUUCGCCGUUCCCCAAACCCAGCGCAUGAGUCCCUCGGACCUGUUCCUCCCCGCAGACGCCCUGACCAACACGUAUACCCUCGUCCUCACCCUGACUGCUCUCUUCUCCAAUGCCUCGGUGGCAUUCAACUCCUCAGCAAGCGAAGAGAUGGACCUUACUCUAGCCACCCGCGGCAUCGCCCCGACCAUCGUCGUCGCCUCGCCCAACACCCUCCUCAAGACGCACGCCGAGGCCACCCGCAACGUCAGCUCCUUCCUCGCCAGCAAGGUCCACUGGCUGCAGACGCGCAGCCUCACCCAGGGCGGCGUCAUGCCCGCCGCAUCGCUGCUUACUAGCCUCAACGAUAGCUUGCGGCCGGCAGUCGGCCGCACCCCGGGCAAGCUCCGCCUGGUGUACACGGCCGAGCGCGCCGGCGCCGGCACGCUGCCGCUCUCGUCCGCCGUGCUCUCCGACCUGCGCAUCUUCUUAGGCGCGAGGGUCAUCUACGCGCUGAGCGCGCCCAAGGUCGCCGGCGCCGUGGCGCAGACGCAGUUCUACGACUACCGCGUCUUUGAGGACAAGUACUCGCACUUCGGGCCCCCUCUGACGAGCACAGAGAUCCUCCUGCGCGACUCGGGUGAGCACAAGGUCACGGAUGACAAGGCCGAAGGAGAGAUUUUCGCCCGCGGCCCUUGUGUCGCUGGUGGCGAAGCGGGGCUGGGCAUACACGGCUACAUCCGUUUCGACAACACAAUCUCGUACAUCUGA